UCUAUAAAGGGGCCGAGGGACGAGUGGGGAUGGUGGGGACAGACCGAAACGAAAUGGGUUUAUGCCAUCAGUAGUUCAGUACCAGUCAGACUUCUUCGGCUACGGUUCUUUGCACGGUUUCAUAUACGAGUCCGACCUGGAGACAUUGCAAUGGCCGAGCUUAUAUCGAAUCAAGUGUAUUUUCUGGACGAAAAACCUAGCACAGAAGCAGAAAUUGCUUAUGGGAAGAGAGGAAGGCUGAACACAAUUCAUUUUGACAAAGAAGAAAAUGAGCCAUUCAUCUGGAGUCCGUCUUUUAUCAUGGUUAAGGAUCUCAUUAAGCACAAAAUAAAUGGCCAUAUAAAAAAGUGCGAAAAAUGUUCUCCAGAUUCGUUCUACAGGUGCCAGUGGCAAAGUGACGAAAGGAAAAUAAGCUAUUUAUAUUUGGUCUACAGAUGGAUCCACGCUCUCACAUUUUUAUGCAUUGUAUUUUUUUCAAUGGCUGAUCUACAGAAAUCAGAGAAUGUCUAUUAUUAUCUGAAAUGGCCGAUAUACCUUACGAACUGGUCCCUCGUCAUCAACACCACUCAGGCAUGUUUGGCUGUUUACUUCCUGAUGCAAGCCUUCAUCGCGUUAUACGGACGAGAUGAUGAGCUUACCGGUUUCAACAUGAGGUUAUGCCUGAGAACGUAUUGGAUCCUUCACACCAUCUCCUUAUCGGUCUCGACAGGAGUGUCUAUAAUAUACUGGAAAUUUAUCUACUCACCAGAGUUACACGUGAUCGAUACCAUGAACAUUUUAGUACACCUGGUCAAUUCCAUUCUCAUGAUUUUGGACUUUCUACUCGUCGCUCAUCCGCUCAAAUUCACCCACUGCAUUUAUCCGUCCGCCUUCCUUCUGAUUUAUACAGCUUUCAAUUGGGUCUACUCGUUUUUCGGCGGAAAAAACAGAUUUGGUAGAGAUUAUAUUUACAAGGUCGUGGAUUGGCAUUACCCAGGUAGCUGCUUUGUGUUCGUCGUUGAAGGGGUUGUCCUCGUUGUCUUGAUCCACACAAUAUUUUGGCUGCUUUUUCUAGUGAAAAAAUCAAUCUCAGCCUGGAUACUUAGAAAGAAAUUGCAGGUCAAAGAAGACUGUAAAGUCAAAAUGAAAACAUACUGCGGUAAGCAAUACUUAGUAUAGAAUCCUACAUGUCGAUCCUUAAUUAAUUGUUUCGUCCAUAUAUCCAGAAAUUAAGCUUAAUCGUUUAUUAUAAAACUGGUAUUUUCUGAAUAGUAAAUUGUUCUGUAAAAUAGUUAAUAUUGUUUUAAUGUUAGUAUUAGUUAUUUAAUGGCUGUCCUGAAAAAAGAAUUGUUAUUGCUGAAAGAAUUUGUUCUGAAGUAAUAUGAAAUAAGUAUUUUUUACCGUUAAAUGAGGAGUUGUAAAAAUCUCCAUGUUUCACUUUUAAGCAUUUAUUAUCUUUUGCUCAAGUUGUCAUUUCAGGGAGUACUUGUGAUCAUUAAGACAGUUCUUUGUGAUAAAAGGACUGUUCACAAUAGCGUCCGGUGCGCGACAAAGCUCGAUUCAAUUCCCUAGUUGUGUAAGUUAAAUUAAAGAUAAAUUCUACAAAAAAAAAAUUGUUUUACCAAUCGUCCAAAAUGUCCUGGCAGAUGGGUGAAAGGACAAAACGCCCGGUUCUGAAGUGUAUUUAUUAUCCAAUGUACUAAUAUAUCAUAAUAAUUAUUUAUUUUUUAAACAUUUCUUUAAUAAUUGUAUUUAUAUUUUUAAUAAACGUUCGACACGUGAUUUCCAAAGAUUAUUGAACCAAAUUUUUGUAAUAAUUUUUAUACUAGCCUUCGCUCGUAUUGUGUAUUAUUUUUUUUUCUUUUGUAGAAACCUAGUACGAAUUUCUGUCUUAUUAGUUUUUUAUUUUAUUUUUAUUAUAAAAUUACUAGUCAGAUUUUGUUUCAUGCUUGCCUUAAUAAUUACGAAAUAAUGUUAAUACUUACAUUCAAUAUUGUUGUACCCUCUUUAAUGUGUUUCAUCAAAUAAAUAAAUAACGACAGGGUAUAAUUAUUGUGGUACAAGUUGUACUUAUUAUGUAUUACUGAUGAAAGUUCCUUCGAUUUUAUUGAGGUGCAUCUCUCGCACAAAUUAU